CUUUACCUAUUUGUGGAAAUGUCUGUUGAUGUAUUGCCACCCCCUACAGCUUCUUGCUCAAAGGCUUAUACAUCAAAACAAGCAGCUGCUCAAUUAAUUAGUGCUAUAUUCCCUUUGGCUACUCAAUUAGCAUCUUCUUCAUAUCCCUCAAAUAAUUCUUCAACAGAAUCUUCAGAUUCAUUUUCUUCAACAACAACAACAAUGAAUUCCCCUUCUAAUUGUCAACCUUCCAAACGUUUUAACAAUACCCAUCGUACUCACCAUCAUCAUCACAAUGAUUUCCGUUUUUCUUCAUUUUCUUCUUCUUCGUCACAACCCCAAAUAAAUAAAAUGGCAUUAACAGUUCUUGCUCGAGUUCAUCGUUGGUGUUGUCAACUUUUUUGGUUAACAAUUGUUUGUUUUAUUGGUAUUUGUGGUGAACAACAACAGAAACAACAACAAGAAAGAAGAAAUUUUGGAAAUGGGGGAAAUGGUCUUUUUGGUUUAGAUGAAGUCAGAAAAAGUUUGAAAUUACAAGCAUCACAAAGGCAUGGAUCAAAAAAGUUGCAAGAAUUGGAGGCGCAGCUUCUUCGGCAUUUAACUCGACCAAAAGAUGAUAUGUUUCAUCAAAGGACUAGCAACAACAACAAUAGCCAAUCGCAAUAUACAACCAAACCAAAAAUUUAUCUUUCGUGCCCACCUUCACCCCGGUUAUUCAAAAUUAGUGAAGAAGGCGAAUUUUAA